AUGGUGUUCCCUCGUCGAUUCAGUCAACCGGAUUUGACUCUGCUCGACGCUUCUGUGGACGGCCGGCCAAGGAACGUCACUGCGUCCGGCACGCAGUGGACUUCCAAAUCUACUUCAUCCAGGCCUGUGUCAACGCCUUCAGGUCCGAGUUCACCCUCCCGCCCCCCCGCAAAGGAGAAGAAGUGCGCUAUCCGAAUCACGACAGCCUCCCCAGAAUGGCAUCCACUGUUCCUCGCACCGGAACCCAUAACCCCUAUCACGCACACGGAGUACGAUGCAGACGCCGCCGUUAGGAAACUCGUCAACGCCGCCGCCGACGCUACCGCGAGCUCGUACUCAUACCCUCUCGCUGACGCUUUGCCCGUCGAAAUGUCCUUCGAUCCGCUCUGGCUUGAUUAUGAAGAGGAGCCCUGCCCAUUGACAGAUCAUGAUAUCUGCGGGUCACGGGAGGCGCCUCAGCAAUUCGUCGACCCAAGCAAGAUCAUCGUUGACACUUUUGCGCCUGUAGUCAAACCGGGGACAAAGAAGCGCAAACUUGGGGAUUCUGCGCAUGAGGACGCUAGGAAGACAAGGAAAGCUCGUGGCGCCAGGUCUUCGGGGAGCGGCCGUGAUAACAAGAGUGAACCUACGGGUGGAUCCGCGGAGCACAACACACCCGAUGACGGCGUGCGACCUAUCCCUACAAUUGCUUCGUCUCGUGAGCUUCACGAGCUCCUCGGGCGCUCUCAAGUAUGGGCUAUCUGCCCAACCUCGGUUGGACAGCUGCCUCCUACUUCUGGUAUCUUGUACUACGCUCGCUCGAUUCGGCCGGUCAGUGGCGGUAAGAACGGACUGGUGCUUCAGAGCAAGCGCGACGUGGAAUCGCUCACCUUCGCCCAAUGCCACUGCGGACGGACGCAAGCGAAAUCUUCAACCAAUCGUCAUGUCACCAGCACCCCCAAUCAUUACCCUCGCAUCCGCGAGCAUGCUCUCCCAAAGGUUGACUUCAAGUGGUAUCGCUGCGAUACUUGCGACUUCUCUAACGAACGGAAAGACAUAUUCGACGAUCGUCACUGCUUCAAGGCGUGUAGCCGUCGCAAUGAGCCCGCCGAGCGCUUCUGUCAUCGACUUGAAGAUCCGAAUACCUGCGCGAAGAUAUUGGAACUCGUUCGCCCUCUGCGCGACGAAUAUGUUGAAAGAGACGUGCAGCGUCUCAAUCAAGAGGCGAUCACUGAUCAACUCGUCGCGGAGGUUAUGGACUCGUGGGAUGUCCUUCCUGACCCCAUUUGCGCGGUGCUUCGGCGUACUCAGCGCUACCACUGCUUCACUGAGGCAGAUGUUAAGGCUCGUGACGAAGCCAUUGACUUUAUAACCAAUAAGUCCUAG